UUUUUUUAAAACUGAAGUUUCAAAAGAAAACAGAUUUUGUGUAUUAGUCAUUACAUAAAAGCCUUGCAAGUUGUAAGAUCAGGUCAAUGUCAACGAAACUCAAAGAUUAUUUGAUAAUCAAAAGCUUCCUCCUCAAUCUUCUUGACUAAAGAAAAAACAGAACAUGAUACACACCCUUAACUCUCUUUAUAAUCCAACACCAGAACCUCUCUUCUUCUUCACUCCAAUAUACUCUAAACCAGAUUCUACUUCUUAAAAGCCACUCUCUAGCUAUGUCUUCUUGUUCAAGAACGAGAACAAAAGCUCCAAGAUCGGCCAGAGGCCACAGAAAUGGCCGUUUCUCUUCUUCAUCGGCUACAAUUGUGGCAGAGAUCGACGAUAUCUUGAUUCAAAUUCUCUCUUUGCUUCCAAUCAAAACCCUUUUAAGAUCCAAACGAGUAUCCAAACGCUGGUUUUCUCUCAUUACAAAUCCUGAUUUCUCCAACCGUGUCAUCAAGUCCAACCACCCCUUGCCCGUUUCUGGCUUUUUCUUACAUUUACCAAGAGCCAUCAUGUAUAGUUUUGUCUCUCUUGAUGGUGAUGAUGACGCAAUCAACCAACGGAUCUCAUCAUCAUUACCUCUCUGGUUUACAGAUCAUUCAACAGAUAUGAUCAUAAUGCAAUCAACCAAUGGCCUUCUCCUCUGCAGAUGCGCUUGUGCUUCUUCUAACCAAUUCAAAACAAAUUACUAUGUUUACAAUCCGACAACGAAACAAUACACUCUUCUCCCUCCCGUGACCACAGGUUACAUCACACUCUCUCUAGCCUUUGAUCCUUCUACAUCUCCACACUACAAAGUCUUUUGCUUCAGAACAAGAAGUAUGACCUCUUUCUCCUUCAGCAUAGAGGUUUAUUCUUCCAAUGAAGGUCAUUGGAAGAGACUUGUUUUGGUUCCUUCAUCUCCUUCACCCUUUGUAGAGUACAAAGACACAGUCUUUUGGAAUGGCGCGGUUUACUGCUAUGGUCCAGGCACAAUAGAUUGCAUCUCUUUUGAUUUCAGUCAAGAAGAAACAAAGAUUCUUCCUCUCCCUAAUCUUGACCAUGAAGAUGGGGAGCCGCUACCUGAUCCCGGGACAUUGAGGUAUUUGGAUGAAUCCGGGGGAUAUCUUUACUUUGUUGAGGUAAAUGAUCAGGGUUCGUCAGAUUUACCGGUUUAUGAAAUGGAAAGAAACAGCUCAAGCUGGUCCCUGAAGUAUAUUGUUGAUUUGGAGCCUCUUGCAGCCGCUUUCCCCGAGAUGAUCAGAACCGAAUACUACACCAAUAGGCGGAUAUACGCGUUCUCUGUCAUCGGUUUUGUAAAGGAAGUGACAGAUGCCGAACCAUACAUUGUGCUUCACAUUCCAAACAAGGCUGUAAAAUACAACUUCAUAAACAAGACUUUCAAGAAACUUUGCAAUUUCAAGCCAUUGGUCAAUGAUGCUCCUGAGGAAGCGUUUUACAGAUUCCAAAAGACUUUCCAGUUCAUUGAGUCUCUUGCUAACGUCUAAGAGUAGUUCAUUCCCCCU